AGAUAAAAUUAUUCAAAAAGAUACUCAACAAAUAUGUUUUUUGACAAGUCUAAUGUUUUUAAUUUUCUUUUAAUACACAUCCCUUUACGCAUCAAGUGUUCGUCACUUCCAAUUCAAUGCCAGGUAUUGAUAAAAAAUAAUAGAUACGAUUUCAAAAUGCACUCACUCACGACUCUCACGAAUAUAGAAUAUUUUCACUCUGGCAGUGGUUGGUAAAACAGAAUCAGGGAAAAUGCUUUUCCGAUUACAGGGUUUGUCGGAAGUAAUCCUUAUUCCUCAAGACGAAUACGGUGUAGAUACAGAGAUUCUAAGAGAAACGUUGAGGAACAGAAAGCUGUCUGGCAAGAAAAUGCCCAAAAUAAUGUACAUAAAUCCGACCGGGAUGAAUCCCACAGGCAUCAUUAUCCCGCUGGAAAGGCGGAAAGAGAUAUACAGGUUAGCGUGCGAGUACAACUUCUUGAUUCUGGACGACGAUCCUUACCACUUCAUAUACUUUGACGACGUGGAACCGAAAUCGUUCUUAUCGUUGGACACGGAGGGCAGAGUCAUUAGGCUGGACUCGUUUUCGAAAGUGAUCAGUAGCGGUCUCAGAUUGGGAUUCAUCACGGCACCAGCUCCACUGAUAGCGAGCAUAGAGCUCCACUUGCAGAGCAGCCACCUUCAUGCCCCUACGUUAUCCCAGGUGAUACUGUAUAGGCUGAUGAAAUUAUGGGGAUACGACGGGAUAAUGAAUCAUUUCAUGGGGAUAAGACGGUUUUAUAAGCAGCGGAGGGAUGUUAUCGCCAGGCUUGCUGAAAAACACUUGAACGGUUUGGCAGACUUCGUGUUACCUAUGGGAGGCUUCUUCCUCUGGAUCAAAGUUCGCGGUAUUAACGACACAUGGAAAAUGAUUAUGCAGCGAGGAGUCACAGAAGGUAUCAUAAUGGUACCUGGUGCAGCCUUCAUGAAGGAUUCUAGCAAACCAUGCAACGCUAUCAGAGCUAGUUUUGCCAAAGCUUCGUACGAAGAAAUGGACUUGGUAAGUUGUAAUUAAACACAGACUGAAAUACCUGAUAUCGACGGAGUUACCAAACUUACCAUAAUACGAUAAAUCUAAUGACUUUUCUUGAUUUUCAGGCAAUGAAAAGGUUGGCGGACCUAAUCAGAUCCGAGCUGCGAAAUAAUUACUCAAUAAUGAAUGAGAAUUUGUUCAUAAAU